CCCGACUGGUCUUGCUGGUGCCCAUCCACAGAGCUGAAGCCGUCUCCAAGUUGGUGGUUCCCUGGUCAUUUUCUUUUUUAUAUAAAAGAGUUGGUGGUUCCCUUGGCCGAGGGCGAAGAGGAGCCGCUGGUGCACGCCCGCAGCAGCAUCCGCCGGGCCUGCCUGCGGACCGCCGCGGGCGCGGGCGCGGAGCCCCACGACGCCGGGGAGCGCGGCAUCUCCGCCUCCAUGCCGAGGAUUGACCGCCUGCAGAUGAAGAUGCAGCAGUCCGACGACAGCGAAACGCCCAGCACGGGCAGGCUGUCGUCGCCGGGCUACGCGCCGCAGGCGGAGCUCGGGGCGCUGCGGGAGCGCACGGCCACGCUGGAGGCGCAGCUGCUGCAGUGCGCCAGGGCCGGGCAGGGCCUGCUGGCGCAGAACCAGGACCUCCAGCACCAGGUGGGCCAGCUGAAGGAGGCCCAGCAGCUGCUGCAGCGGCAUGCCUCGGAGCUGCAGGAGCAGCUCGAGGAGGAGAGGCAGCGGCCGCGGAGCUCGAGGCCCAGCUCCAGGAGGCAGAGCCGCAGGUGGAGCCGCGAGAGCCUGGACGACGACGCUUCUGCGGUCCGUGGUGACCUCUCCAGGCGUGCCAGCACUGCCACCAGGAAGUCGGCGGCGCGCACGGGCAGUCCGUCCAGCGGUUCGGACCAGUCGGGCAGCAGGCCGCCGCCAAGGAUGAGCACCCGAUCGCCAGCUGCCCGACGGCAUGGCAGCGUCGACUCGAUGCAGUCCUCGGGCGGGGGCGAGGACGGCGAGUCCCGCGCCUGCGAGGAGCUGCGGCGGCAGCUGCACACCGUGGAGGACACGAACUCGGAGCUGCUGGCCGCGAACACGCAGCUCCACGACGGCAUGCAGCGCCUCGAGCGCGAGCUGCACGAGGCGCGCGCGCAGGCCCGGGCCGAGGCCGAGGCGGCGCAGGCGGAGGCCGCGAGGGCGGCCGAGGCCGAGCAGUGCGGCGACGAGGCGCCGUGCGCGCUGGCGCCCGCGCCGAUGGGCCGCGGCCUCGCGCGCUUCAAGCGGACCGCCUGGGCGGUGCGCUUCGCGGUGGACACGCCCUCCAGGGCGGCGUCGCGCCUGAGGCGGGCCUCCAGCAGCCUGUCCGACUCCGAGCGGCGCCUCCGGAGGACCUCCAGCACCGGGCUCGACGCGCCCGCGCUGGGGGCGGCGCUCAGCGAGGAGGACGAGGAGAGCGAGGAGGGCGCCGAGGAGGCCUCGAAGCGGGAGGCCGACCUGGAGGGGCAGCUCCGCGAGAGCGUGGUGCGGUGCGAGGCCGCCGAGCGCGAGGUGGGCCACCUCGCCGCGCGGUGUGCCGCGCUCGAGGAGGAGCGCGCCCGUGCGCAGGAGCUCUGGCGAGAGGAGACGGUGCGGUCGGCGGCGCUCGCGUGCGAGGUGGAGCAGCUGCGCGCCAAGCUGGACGAGCAGGACGCGGAGGCGAGCGCGCUGCUCAUGGCCCGCCACCGCCGCCGGAGCCUCGCCGCCGACCUCUCGGGGGCCCGCCCCUCGCUGCGGGCGGAGGCGGACGGCGAGCCGCCCGAGG